AUGAAAGCCUCGAACGAGAAUAAACAAACAACGAUCGACGAAGUGGGAUUGUACGAGGCAGAUGCCAGCAGGAAUGGGGAAAUCAACCCAUUGGAAUUCUGGAGAGAGAACGCUAGAAGAUACUCAAAGCUCGCGCAAAUGGCUAGGAAAUACCUGGCCAUUCCUGCGACGCCUGUGCCCAGUGAACGCCUCUUCUCCCGAACGGGAAAUAUUGCUACAAAGUUGCGCUGCUCUUUGCUCCCGGAGAAUGUCAACAAACUUCGUUUCCUUUCAGUUAUGAUGGCAGCUGAGACCGGGAUACCUGUCCGCCACCUGUUUCCCGGAGCCUUUGUUUUCGGUCCGAUGCAUCGAUGUUCUGAAAACAGCUAUCGUGACAGCCCUAGUCUGUACACAUCAUCGUCCGAGGUCGCCUCCAGGUGUGUGCCAAGCGGGUAUGAGUGCCCGACCGAAGACCAGAGGAAUGUUCACAUGGAUCUUCAAAGCCAAAAGAUGGCAGCAGCAAAGAUCCCCUUUGCAAGCAUAUACUUGCCAAGCCAGCCUGAUGUGGAAAAGCAGUAUUUCAUCCCUGGUGUCCCUGCAGUUUGCAAAGUGACCCUCUUCAAACGAGAUAUUGGCUCCCAUUUCUUGAAUGCCAAUCUAUAUGAGGUGGCAUUGGAACAUGGCCCGUUUUCUUGGAAGGUUUGGAGAAGGUACAAGCACUUCAGCAGCUUGCAUAAGGAACUUCAACUUUAUAAGAUGGGAUUGGCCAUUCCCCUGCCAACUAGAACUCACCGAGCAACCAGGAGGUUGGCAAGGGAAGUGCUCACAGAGAUGGGAGGAGAGCACUGGAAAGCCCUGCCUGAAUUUCCUGCUAAACCUGAUUACCUUGUGCCUCAAGACCAGAUUGAAGCUCGGACAAAGGAGUUGGAGACAUACCUGAACCAAGUCCUUGCCCAUGGCCUGUACAGAAAUCAUGAGAAGAUGAGGGAGUUCCUUGAAGUUAGUAGAUACUCAUUCUUAGAUGAAGUUGGUUCAAAAGGGAAAGAGGGAGAACUUCUCAAGAGACAAGGAGAGAGGACGAGGUCCAAUACAUCAUGGUAUGGAGGUUGUGUAUCUUGCAUUGCUGGGUGCUGCAAUAUGUGGAGGAAGCGCUGGCUGAUUGUGAAGGAUACAUUCAUUAUGUAUAAGACACCAGGCGAGGACACAAUACGGGAGGUGAUGUUAUAUGAUUCAGGCUUCCAGGUCCUCAGUGCUACACUCAGCCUUGGUCUUCCAAACAGCCUCAUCAUCACCAACAAUAAUAGGAGGGCAUUGGACUAUGCCCUCUCUUUGGCCCUAGAUGAACAGAAGCUGACAUGA